AAACAUUAAGUAAACAAUAAUUUGCAAUUAUCAUUCAUAAUUAUCUUCCUCCCGAAGAUAAAUACUAAAGUCGUAAUUUACAAUUUCUCAUACUUAAAGAAAAAUCGAUCAGUGAAAUUGAAAACGUCAGUGAUUUUUUUCUUAUUAGUGAAACUAAAUUAAUCUAAAAAUGUUUUCCCUCAAUUUUUCCACAAUCAUCAAUAUUCUCGGUUUAUUAUUAUUUCUUGUACUCACCGUCUAUAUUUAUUCGCAAUAUAAAUUGAAUUAUUGGAAGAGAAAAGGAAUUCCCUCAGUUCCCACUCAUUGGCUAUUUGGUAAUUUUAAAAAUGUCAUUCUUGGUCGCACAUCAGUUGGUGUACAUCUUGGAAAAUUGCACAAUGAAGGCGGCGAUGAACAAUGUCUUGGUGUUUAUAUAAUGCACAAACCAUUUCUUCUCCUCAGAGAUCCUGAAUUGAUAAAACAAAUUCUCGUCAAGGAUUUUCAUUUAUUUCAAAAUCGUUAUUUUGCCGCGGAAAAAUCGAAAGAUUUAAUUGGUACCACAUCAUUGUUCUCGAUAAAUAAUCCCGAAUGGAAAUAUCUUCGUACAAAAUUGUCGCCAACAUUUUCCAGUGGAAAGCAGAAGAAAUUAUUUUCCUUGAUGAUUGAAUCGUCGGAGAAUAUGAGUAAAUAUCUCGCUGAACAAUUUAAUGGCGAUGAGAAUAAUGUUGAUGGGAAAGUGAAGAAUGUCGAUACAAAAUUUGUUUCUGUUAAAUUCAUCACCGAUGUGAUUUCAUCUCUUGCUUUUGGCAUCAGGACCAAUUCGUUUGGCGAUAAUUUGGAAUUUUUCAAUAAUGUUCGGAAACCUUUUGAGAGAUCCCUCGUGGUGGCGUUUCAACUUUUCGUUGUCUUCUUCUUUCCAAUGUUGAGAAAUUCCUUUAAUGGAGCAAUCUUGGGCAAAUCGACGGAAUAUUUUCGCAAUUUAUUUCGACAAGUGAUGGACGAACGAGAAAAAUCGGGUCUGAAACGUGGUGACUCCAUUGAUCCUUUACUGCAAAUACAAAAGGAACGACAUUCUUUAGAUUUUGAAAUACCAGACGACACGCUUUUGGCGCAACCCGUAAUUUUCUACGUAGCCGGAACAGAAAGUAGUUCAACGACAAUUGCAUUGACACUUAUGGAACUUGCAAAAAAUCCUGAACUCCAGAAAAGAGCGAAAAGUGAAGUUCAGAAAGAAUUGAAGAAACAUGGAUUCACUUAUGAGGGAAUGCAGAAUUUGAAAUUUUUACAACAGGCCAUUUCAGAGACAUUGAGACUUUAUCCAGCGGCACCAAUUAUUGACAGAGUUGCCCUGGAAGAUUAUAAAAUUCCAGGAACUGAAAUUGUCCUCGAGAAAGGUACAGUUGUCUAUGUUGCAUUGAGUGGAAUUCAUGAGGAUCCGAGAUUCUUUCCAAAUCCAUUAAAAUACGAUCCAGACAGAUUUAGCGAUGAAAGAAAAGGAGAUAUCGUUUCUUGUACUUAUUUGCCAUUCGGAGAAGGUCCAAGAGCUUGUAUAGGAGAACGAGUUGGAAUGCUACAAACUACAGUUGGUUUAGCCACAAUUCUACGAGAUUACGAAGUUUCCCUAAAUCCAAAAUGUAAAUACGAAUUGGAUCCCAGGGCAAUUUUUAUACAAACUGUGGACGGAGUAAAAUUAGAUUUGAAAAAAAAACCUUCCAGAGAACACUUUCAGUUGAAUAAACGAAUUAAAAUAAAAAACAUGUUUCCCCUAAAUUCCUCACUGCUUUCAAAUAUUUUUCUAAUUAUUUUCGCACUAUUCGCGAUUUUCUAUUUAUUUGCCCAAUAUAAAUAUCAAUAUUGGAAGAGACGCGGUGUCAAAUCAUUGCCGACACAUUGGUUUUUUGGCAAUUUUCAAAAUAUAAUGUUUCUUCGUGAAUCGGUGGGAAAUAUUUUUCAACAAUUAUAUCGCGAUGCAAAUAACGAGCCAUAUGUUGGUGUUUAUAUUUUUCAAAAUCCCUGUUUAUUGAUACGCAGUCCCGAAUUGAUAAAGCAAAUAUUAGUCAAGGAUUUCAAUAUAUUUCCAAAUAGACAAUUUGCAAGUAAAAAUGGUCGCGAUCAAAUUGGUGCGGCAAAUCUUUUUUCAGUGGAAAAUCCACGUUGGAAAUAUUUUCGAACACAAUUAUCGCCAAUAUUCUCAAGUGGAAAGCAAAAGAAAUUAUUUUCAUUAAUGUUAGAGUCGGCGGAGAAUAUGAAAAAUUAUUUCAAUAGUGAAUUGAAAAAUGAAGGCGAAGUUAAAAUGUUUGAUCUUAAAGAAGAUAGUAAUAAAUAUAUUACCGAUGUUAUUUCAUCAAUGGCAUUUGGAAUAAGUACAAAUUCAUUUGAAACACCGACACCCGAAUUUUUCAAACGUGGAAACGAACUCUUUCAACCAACUUUGAAAAAUUUUAUCGAAUCGUUUGCCCUCUUUUUCUUUCCAAAUGCGAGCGAAAUUUUGAAUCCAAAAUUAUUGGGCAACUCGACGGAAUAUUUUCGCAAUGUUUUCUGGGAAUCGAUGAACCAUCGUGAAAAAUCGGGAACAACACGUGGUGAUUCCAUUGAUGCUUUGCUGAAAAUAAAAAAAGAACGAGUUAACUUAGACAUGGACAUUUCGGACGAUUCACUUGUGGGACAAGCGGGAGUAUUUUUCGUUGCUGGUCGAGAGACAAGUUCCAUGUCACAAGGAUUGGUUCUUUAUGAAUUGGCGAAACGUCCCUCGAUGCAAGAUCGUGUCCGUAAAGAAAUCGUCGAUCAAAUUAACGAAAAAGGCUUUUGCUAUGAGAGUAUAAGUGAAAUGAAAUAUUUGAAUCAAGUCAUUUCCGAAGUAUUGCGAAUGUAUCCGGUGGUGCCGAUCAUUGACAGAGUUGCCGAACAAGAUUACAAAAUUCCAGGGACAAAUGUUACAAUUGAGAAAGGAACGCCGGUGUACACUUCAUUGCACGCUCUUCAUUUUGAUCCUAAAUAUCAUCCGAAUCCUUAUGAAUUUGAUCCGGACAGAUUCAGCGAAGAAAGAAAGAGUCAAAUUAUUCCAUACACUUAUAUGCCAUUCGGCGAAGGUCCUAGAAUUUGUAUAGGAAUGCGACUUGGUAUGUUACAAAUGGCUGUAGGACUGGCAACAAUUUUAAAAGAUUUUCAAGUUGCUCUCAAUCCAUCACAAAAAGUCCAAAUAAGUAAUCGCGGUCUCUUCCUUCAAGCUCAAGAUGGAAUAAAAUUGGAUUUAAAAAGGCUGAAAAUUAAGUAAAUUGCAAAUUAACGGAAAAUCGUUACUUUAAUAAUGUUAAAAAAAAAUUAAAUGACACUUUUUAAUUAAAUAUAAAAAUAGAAAUAAAAUAUUUAGUAAGAAUUUACGUAUAAGUAAAAUGUCGAAAGUUAUGACUGAUGAUAAUUAUACAUUACAACUGAUUUUCAAACGAUAUACAGUAGUUAUUAAAUAAAACUAUUCGUAAAGAAAAAUUUAUGAUUCUGCACGAAGAAACAUAGACAAUAAUUAUCCUAAAAGAAAAUUACGUAAACUGUAAUAAUAAAAAUUUUCAGAGUGUCAUUUUGAAAAAAAAAUGUAUUUAAUACUCACGUAAAAUCUUCCUUAGAAUUCUGGAUAAUUUCUUUUUAAUUAAAGUUUCUUUACCAAUAAAGUUAAUAAAUGAAUGUUCUUUACUUAAAAAA